AAAGUGAGCCAGAUGUUGUGUUGAUGGAUCAUGCUUAUGCUCGGCCCUGGAAUUGGCGGCCAGAAGCCUCGCAUGCUCGACCUAGAAAGAUGCUCUUCAUGACAAAAUCUUCCCGGCAAAACCGCAGCAGUCAUAGCAGUUAUGAUGAAAUAAUUGACGUGGACUCGGAGCCGUCUCCUCCACCCCCACUGCCUUAUGAUCUGAAUAAGGCCCAGCAGGUGAUGAGCGAGUGUGAGCGCCAUGUGGUCUUCGCCCGUCUUGACCAGAUCAAGGCAGAGGUUCCCCACCAGGAGAAGGAGGUGCCCGAGGAGGAGGAGGAGGAUUGGGAAGAGAAGAUACCAAAGAUUGGAUGGACAGAACCACAGAUGGCCCUAUUUAAUAAAGUUGUACAGAUCCUUGACUCUGACAGGCUGGCACGCCUCAGUCUGAAAGAUUCGGAUAAUGAACCUGUGAAGAGGAGGGCGCAAGUUGACAAGACAGCGGCUAAGUUCAGACAAGCUUUAGCAAGAGUGAACUGGGACUCCAAGCUGACCCAGUGGCUGCACUCCAUCCUUCUCCAGUACCUGAGUCUUCCUUACCUGGCUGCUUAUCUUGACAUCCUCCAGACCCUUAAGUCCAAAAUUCCAACCCUGGUGGAUAAGAUGGUGGCCCUAAGUAGCACCCAUAGAGGCGCCAGCGUGGAGGCCCUGAACCUCCUGUUGAAGAGACCGUGGGACCCAGCUGUGCCUUCGCUCAAUCAGCACAAGCCGCGUAAACUGGAAGGGUCUGCAAUCAUCAUACAAGUUCCGAGUGGUCCCCCCUCAAGCAUCCCCCAAGCACCGCGAAGAAUACGCUUCUUCAAUGCACAGCUCCACCACAUGGCCAAGACUGUUCCAGUCAUGAUUACACCAGAGAGCAAUGAUGCUAGUACUGUGCUGGAGCAGAUACUGUCUGAAGUGCGAGCACGGGUGGUGGAGUGCAAGAGCCAGUACCCCAACAGUCCCAUUGUGCUGCUGGGCUGGGGCAUCGGGGCUGUUAUUGCGUGCCAUGUGUCCAUGCUAGAGAUGGUGACGGCAAACAUCUGCCUUGGGUUUCCAGUGACAGGUGCGACAGGCAAGCGAGGGGAAGCAGAUGACCCAUUGCUGGACAUCCGUACCCCAACCCUCUUCAUCAUAGGAGAGAAGGCAUCAAAUGUCAGCGUGGACGACAUGGAGGACAUUCGCAUGCGUCUGCGUGUGGAGACAGGGCUGGUAGUUGUAGGGGGAGCCGACUCACAUCUGCGCCUCUCGUGCCAGAAGCGGCACAUGGAAGGUGUCACACAGUCCAUGGUGGACAGGUGUAUUGUUGAUGAAAUUGGUGACUUCCUCUCUCACCUGCUGAGUGAAAGCAGUGGCAGCUCAUCCUCAAUUUACAGCCCUUGUCCCUCCCACAGUCACUAUGUGACUUCAUCCACUGUCUAUCCACACUCCUCCAUCACCUCCUCCUUCACCAACCCCCUCCCUCCCAAGUCGCAACGCAAGGAAGGGACUCGCAAAAGGAAGACAUCCACAGGCAGUUCCCUGGAUGGUUCUGCACCUCCUUCCCCUGCUAAGAUAUCCAGACCAAGCACACCCAUCAGCUUGAUGGGAGGUAGCCUGAAGAUUCCAGUAGGCGUUUCAGCUCUGUCAUCACCAGGCCUCGCAUACAGCAGUGGUGACUCAUCCCACACAACUCCAAGCACCUCUCCGUACCACCCCUCAGCGAGCCAUACCCCCCACAGUGAUGGUUCCUCAGCCUCCAACCCGGGAACGCCCCGAACCUCAGGUGGUAAAUACAAGUUGACAAGUCGCUCUUUGAUGGGGAAAAGACGACCGCUGCCGUGCCCGAAAAGUGCCAUCCGUAAAAAAGGAGCAUCACAAAAUAUCUCCAACAGCAACUCCCUCAAGCGCAAAUAUACACGCAAGUUGGAGUCACGCCGUCAGCCAAAGAUGAAGAGUCUGACCCCAGAGCUGUCCUCUCUCUCCUCCUCCUCGUCCUCUGCUUCUCCUUCUGCAUCUGCAUUUUCUGUAGCUGCUUCAGGAGAUGCUUCUGUUUCAUCAGGCACACCGGAUGACACCUCUCCAACUAUAACUAGGGCAGUGGUGGGGGGGGCCACAAGAGACUCCUCAGGAAACUCCCACCCAACCUCCCCUGUCCCGUCUGCCAGCACAUCUCCUGUGGCCACUAUCCCACUGGGUACUCUGGCCCCCCUCUCUCGGCAGAAGUACCAGAGGAUCCUGCAGUUAUCGGCAUCACCACAGGAUGCUCCUUCUCCUUCAGCCCCCACCAGCCUCACCCCUUCCACUCUACCACCACUGGAUUCUACCACCACAUUCAACACCUCCACAACCACCACCACUGCCUCCACCAUCGCCACCACCACUAUCACCAACAUUUCCUCCCCAAGGGGACUUUUCACCGUCCUUUCUGCUCCAGCCAACCCUCCGUCUUCCUCGGCCUCAGAUGCCUCAACUUUCGACACUAGUGGCAAGUCUAGCUCUUCCUCCACCACCUUAGAGCCUACCAAUGAUGGCUGCCCAAUCCUGCGUCAGAGACUUAGUGACACCCCCAGUACCAACAUGCACAGUGGAAGUGGUAGCAGCAGCAACAAUGGCAACAGCAACAGCAUCAACAGCACCAGUAGGACCAUUGGAGGAGGAGCAGGAGUAGGGGCAGCAGGAGGUUUAAUGUUAAGCAGUUUAACAGGAAAACUGUUAAAGGAAACCCCUCCAAUGUUCUCUCCUACGACUACUGUCACUACCACAGGGUCACUUGCUACAGUCAUCACCACAUCACCAAAUGCAUCUGAUGUGCAGGCCAGGAAGAUCGUGGGUAGCACCAUAGUCACACCUGUGGGCUGGAACAAGCGUGGUCGGCCAUCCACCAAGUCCCGUCCAAUGCUCCACACUCUCACUACCACCACCACCACCUCCACCACCAAACUUACAUCAGAUACUUCCAAGGGUCUGGCAAUGAGUGCAUCCCUGAGCAGCAUCAUGGGGCUGGGGACACCUACUGCUGCAGGCACACAGGCAAAUGGGAAGAGUGGCGUCAUCAAUGUGAAUGGCAACAAGAUGGCCACACCCAUCACUACCUCCAUCCUGCUGUCCACAAGUGAGGUGGUCACAGACAGCCAGGCUGCUGUGAGAGGAAGUUCUGUGAGCCCACGUGGUGCUGGUGCGGGAGUCAGGGUGUACUCGGGCAGCCCCAAGACAUCAGCUGCCUCCUUCCUUUUGACUAACGUGACUUCUGCUUCCAAUGUGAGGAUGGCAAGUCCUUCCAUGGUCAUCACCAAUACCUUGGGUGUUCCUGCUGGAGGCUGUGCCACAAGUGCCUCCACAGAGCCCCUGUCCCUUAGUAUGGGCUCGGUUGUGGUGAGUGCUGGGGGUGUGAGCAAUAAUGGGGGAGGCAUGGUAGGUGGAAGUGGUAGGGGAAGGGUCAUCCUGACCUCCAGUCCUCGUCUUGUACGCCCUCUCAUGGCCUCCCCCAGCAGCCGGCCCAUUGGCAGCACCCGCAUGCUGAAUGCUACCACUGCCUCUCGCCCCACUGUCAUGUUGGUCACUACGGCCACACCUGGAGCUGCAACUUCCCCAUCUAAUGCAACCCCAGGUACCCUCACCACCAUGGCCCUUACACCUGCCACCAAUGUCACAUCUCCCACACUCAUGGCCUCAAGCACCCCUAUGACAUCCUCUACCAUCCUGGCAGCUGUCUCCAAGUCAACUACCAACUCAGCUGUUCUGGCACAGUCAAAAUCAAGUCCCCUCACACUUGCCACCUCCACAUCGCUGCUGCCAAAGAGUAUGACUGCACAGGCAGCUGUGUCCCCAAAGGGUCUAACCACUGCCACAGCCACAACCACAAGGCCUUCUGUGGUGCCAGCAGGUGAGUUGGCUCUACUAGUGGCAGCAUCAGAGAUGAGUGAGCGGGCCAGGAACCCUGUGUCACCCACCACCAUGGCCACUGAAGCCAGUAUUCACAUCAUUAGUUCAGUAGACUCCUCUGGGUCUCAGCCAGAAGUUGCAGUCAGCUCUUCAGCAUCCACAUCACAAUCCUCACCAUCAACAUCAACACCUGUGGUAGACAAAAAUUGCAGCAGUACUGUCAGCAAAACUAGUGACACAAAGAAAACAGUAGCGACCAGUAGCCAACAGCAGGUACCAUCAACAUCCCAAGCCAGCACUCAGUGUAUUCCUGGCACUGCCACUACAACCACCACCACCCCUACGACCACUACAGUUACCCGCACCACUGAGUCGUCGAGCAGUAGUAGCACCUCCUCUAAAACAUCACAGCAACAGCAGCAGCAAGGCAUUGUGACUAGGACAUUUACCUUGAGUGGAGGAAUCAGUCUAAGGUCAAGGCGGAGCAGCGGGCCUCUGGUGGUGGAGCUGGACAGUGGACGGCAAAGCAAGUCAUCGGGCACCAGCUCCUCAUCAUCCUCUAAGGGUUCUGCUCUCCGCAAGGGCAGAGGAAGGGGGCGUGGUCGGCCAAGGUCACACAUGUAGACAGGUGGAAUCUGUAAAUGUAUGGUCUUUGAUUGUGAGAGAGAGAAGUUAACUUCCCUCAUAGUGUGAGUGUGCAGAAAAAUAGGAAUGUUUUUAGAUGAAUAUUUAAAUGGAUAUAGUAUGAUACAAGAUUAAAAACCAGUGAGUUCUAUAGCUAAUUGCUGGCCAACAGUCAAGAAGGAAAAUGUAUGAAAUUCAUUCUAAGGAAGGGAUUACAUUGUUAAUGUAUGUGUGUGUGUGUGUGUGUGUGUCUGUCUGUCUGUCUGUAUUUUUUCCUGAGAAAUACAUUUUAAGAAAAAAAUUGGAAAUUUGACUUUGUGUAUUUAAGUACAGAAAACUACUGUAGUAUACAGUUUUGGCAGUCUUGUUCAGCCUUAACAAUCCUAAGUCUGUUAAUUAAACAAAGAUUAUAUCAUCAUCUGUGUUAGUUAUAUAGCAUAACAUUAUGCAAUUUUUUGUAUUAAUCUAAUGUAAUUGUGCCAACAAGGUUGGUGUCACAGUUGUAUUAUCACUUGUAAGUGCAAAUAUAAAUUUGUUUGGAAAAUGAACAAAUAUAUUGUUAAAUAGUUACUUUUUGUGUAACUGGUGUUCAUAAAAUGUUUAAGUUAUAAC